CUUUUCUGGGCAGCUAAAGCAGAAGGGCUCCUACUGACGGACUGACACACACCUUCACACACACAGGAAUCUCAGACAAAGAGACAAUGAUGCUCCUGCCGCUCCUGGGGGUCCUGCCGCUACUAUUCAGCACAGCUUUGUCUUUAACACAACCCACUGAGGAUCGCUGGGGGGAGUGGAGCGCAUAUGGACCCUGCAGCAGAACCUGUGGCACAGGAGUCGCCAUGAGAUCCAGAACCUGUAUGACAAUGAGGACAGACGGUGGACACAACUGUGUUGGAGCUUCCAAAGCCUAUAAUCCUUGCAACACACGGCCUUGUCCACUAGGAGGCAGGGACUUCCGUGAGGAGCAGUGCUCCCGUUUUGACCAUGUGGCCUUCCAGGGAAAACCCUACUCUUGGACACCAUACUAUGGAGCCACUAACCCCUGCGAACUGGUGUGUGUGCCGAGCGGAGAGAACUUCUACUACCGACACAGGGCCACGGUGGUGGACGGCACACCCUGCUACGUGGGACGCUCAGACAUCUGCGUCGAGGGAGUCUGCAGAGUGUUGACAGGUGGAGAGAUUCUGAGUUUGGAUACAGACUCUUCUUCAUCUUCAAGGUCCACUAGUCCAUCAAGGCCUUCACAACCAGAACCCUCCUCUCCUCUCAGAGAGCAAUACAGAUACACGGCGCCUGCCUUCUCGGCGUGCUCCGUCUCGUGUGGCGAGGGCGUGGAGACGCGCACGGUGCAGUGUGUGACGGCGGGCGCAGGGACGCCGCGCGUGGUAGCCGACUCCUACUGCGUGGCCCAGGGUCUCCGCAGGCCCCACGAGCAGCAACACUGCCGCGGCACGGGAGCCUGCGCAGAGUACAGUGUCUCCAGCUUCAGCACGUGCUCGGCAACAUGUGGAGAGGGGACGCAGAGGCGGGAGGUGGUGUGUGUGGGCGGCCGGGGCGAGAGGCUGCCCGAGUCAGCCUGUGCUGGCUUGCCACGCCCGGAGGAGGUCAGGACCUGCACGCGGCCCUCCUGCCACCAGCACAUCAGCUACCAUGUGGCCGACUGGAGCCUGUGUUCAGUGAGCUGUGGUACAGGCCGUAGGGAGAGGCGUGUGCUGUGCAUGGACCAGGACAAGUUUGAGUACCCGGAGGAGCGCUGUGCCUCCCAGUUCAAGCCCUACAGUGUGGAGAGCUGCAACACACAGGCCUGCCCUGGAGCACAGAUGGUUCCCAGUGUGCAAGACUCCAGAGGUCAUGACCCCUCCCUGCGUGGAUUCAUCCCUUAUUCCCCAGAAGUAGAUCGCCGUAACGGAGGAUCCCCCCGCCCCACUUUGCCCUUUGACCCCCGUCCCUACGAGCCCCGCCCCACCGUGCCACACGUCCCCGCGGCCGAAUGCUCGCGCUCCUACUACGGCUGCUGUCCCGACGGAGUCACCACCCCCACGGGACCCGCAGGACUCGGCUGUGAAUGUAUUGUCUCCAGGUAUGGCUGCUGCCCUGAUGGCAACACUGUGGCACGUGGACCCAGGAGGGGAGAGGGAUGUCCCCAGGACGACUGUAGAAGAUCCAGGUAUGGUUGCUGUGCCGAUGGUCGCACUCCCGCUCCAGGGCCCACCAGAGGCAGCUGUCCCCAGGAUGACUGCAGCAUCAGCAGAUAUGGUUGCUGUUCUGAUGGGCACACCGCUGCAACUGGGCCCAGAGGAGAGGGUUGUCCCCGCGCCGACUGCAGCACCACCACGUACGGCUGCUGCAAUGAUGGCGUCACUGCUGCGUCCGGCCCCAGAGGAGAGGGCUGUCCACAGGACGACUGUGUCAGGACCAGGUUUGGCUGUUGUAGGGAUGGGGUGACUGCAGCUCGGGGCUUUGGCUAUGCUGGCUGCCCUGAAUACCGCCCAACGGCCGGCCCCAGUGUGGACGUGUGCUCCCUGCCUCGCGAGGUGGGCCCCUGCCGAGACUGGAUCUCCCGCUUCUACUUCGACCGCACCCGGGGUGUCUGCACCCACUUCUGGUACGGGGGUUGCAGUGGUAACGCCAACAGCUUCCUGUCCAUGGCGGAGUGCCAGAGGCAGUGUGUGGCCUCCUCCUCUGGGGGGUCCCCAGCACCCCCUCCACACUCCCCUCCCCCCGCCGCCCCUGCCGCCGCCCCCGCCCGCAGACCUGUCCUCCGGGUGAGGACAGCCAGACGGUACCGCUCCAGCCAAUGAGGAGGGAGGGAGUCCAGAGCACCACGGCCAAUAGCACAAGAGAGCAUGGCCGUGUGUGCCUGAUACAAUGACGUGUAUAGAAAGAAAGAGAAUUCAUGAAUACAUGACCAAAGAACACAGUUAAGAUGCACAAUCACUACCAAUGAUUCAUACACACACACACACACACACACACACACACACACACACACACACACACACACACACACACACACACACACACACACACACACACACACACACAUCAUAGUAAUUGUGUGUACGUUUAACUUAAUUCCUUCUGUCUGUAUGGUGAAAGCCAGGAAAUCUGAUUGACAAGACAAAGUGUUUCUUCCUCACAUAUCUUAUUUCUCUUACUAAAUCAGGUCUCUGGAAAUUUGCCAUCAGUCUGUCAGUUGCACUUGUAAAGGGAUUAAAAAAAAAUAAUAAUUUGUAAUAUAAAAUGAAUAAACGUUUAUUCCUUCCAAUAUGUGCUUAUGGCAUGACAAAUGAGUUGUGCUGUGCACAUUUUGGCAGGCAAAUCUACACACCCAGAAGUCUGCAAACCUAUAUAUCAGUUUAUAUCAGCUUUUCAGCGCACUUUAGUGCUGAUAUGGCGUACUUCAGUCAUUUACACGAUUACAGUAGCCUAUAUGAGGUCAAUUUCUUCAUUUCCAAAACGUCGAAAACAAGGCUCAAAUUUUGUAUGAAAAGUCAGAGGCAUGUUACACACAGCGCACAUUCAGAGGCCAUAGGCCUAUGUGUUACUGAUUGUAGCACUCUUCAAAAAGAAUAAACUACCUGUGUAAGUCUUUGUGU